AUUAACACAUCACAUUCCCCAUUAACCAACCCCCUCAUAAAGAAGCAGAAAAUAAAAGCACCAAUUCCACCUUCGUUAAUUGCCCUGCACCUCAUCAUCAUCAUCAUGAUCCACCACCAUACAGCCCCUGCACCCUCACCGGCACCGCCACACCACAACAAUUCUCAUAAACCUCCAUCACCUUCAACGUCGCCGUUUCAUCAUUCAUCAACAUUGCCAACUCCAUCAACCUCAACGUCACCAUCAGAUUUAGCAACAACUAAUCCACCGGUAGAUUUCAGUCCUCCUUUAAUAGCGAUGGUUGUUAUUAUAGCUACCGCUUUCGUCAUCAUUACCUACUCACGGCUACUCUCACGUCAUCUACUCCGUUUACACGGCCGUUAUAGACUGUGGCGUCGCCGUCGCCGACGUUACGUUCCGUCAUCUAACGGCGAUAUUGAGUCGCCUCCUUAUCCAUUUGAUCCUGCUGAUGCUGCUUUUCAUGUGUUAUCUCCAUACGGAUUGGAUGAUUCAGUGAUCAAAACUAUUCCUCUUUCAGUCUACACUCGAAAAAGCGGCGUUAAUGAUUGUGCGGUUUGUUUACUUGAGUUUGAAGAGAACGAUUAUAUGCGCACGCUUCCAGUUUGUUCACAUGCGUUUCAUGUAGACUGUAUUGAUAUAUGGUUAAAAUCACACGCGAAUUGCCCGUUAUGUCGUGCCGGAAUAUUCCGUCCAGAAUCACCGUUUACUCCGUUAAUGGCAGCAAGAAUUCGUCCUAGCUUCGAUGAUAUGAUGCUUGAGAGCACAAUUCUGGAGCCUGAAUCCGAGACAACAACGGUAACAGAGAUCACACAAGAUCAACAGUCGAUUCAAUUAUCAGAGGAGAGAUUUAACGGACGUGAUAUUUUAUUAAAACGAUCAUACUCAUUCGGAUUUGAGAGGAAUUUGGGGUCAGAGAGAUCAUUAGUGAUGGAACCAGCAACAGCCUCACCAUGGAGAUACCGUAGAUCAUCAGGAAGCUUCUGGAGCAAAAGACCUUCACCUUUCAGUUCAUUAACGAAGCCUAGAGUAUUUUCCUUCCGAUAUUAUAGAGGAAUGAAAUCACCGUUUCUCAGGCGGACUAGAGGUGGAUUUUUUCCUUUAUCGGAAUCAAGUGCGAGAUAUAGUACAGGUGGAGGUGGUGGUGGAAGUUCGUCGAGAAGAAGCAAAUCAUUCGCAAGUCCAAUGUUCAUGAGAACAUCGGUGGGAGGAGGAGCAUUCUCGUCAAGCCGGCUAAGAAGCGGUGAUCCAGAAGCUUUACUGUCACCGGACAGGUAUCACAGACGGUGAAGAUGAUCAACAGGAGAAAAAGCUUUACCACUCAAACAUUCAAAGGAAAAGUACUACUCGAGCUCAGACUCAAAUAUGAUGCUAGAGAUCAGCACAACACUGAUCAGCGGCAGGAGGACGAUUUUCGGUGAAGGUCGAUGAACAGCUAGCACAUGGAGAGGAGUUAAUCACAGCCGUCGGAUCGAGGAAGCGCGGGUGAUGGGGAUGGGGUCAGGUGACAUUAAUGGGAGUUACAUUGGGAAGAAGAAGGGGAAAUUAAUGCGAUGCCUGUUGCUAUGUCUAUUGGCCUGUGGCGGUCAUUUAAUACAGAGAGACAAGUGGGAAAUGCUGAGAUGAAGAAAAGGCUAUGUCUGCAUUUAAUGGGAAAAUUUGACUAUUUUUUUAAGAGGUUACAGAGAUGAGGGUUUGGAGGUUAUCCGAAAAAGGUUACACAUGCAAUGGGCCUAUACGUUGAUGAUAUGAUGAUUAAACUUUUUGCAUUGGAUGAUAGGGUAAGAGCUCCCAGCACAUGUCUUUAAUUUCAUGCAUGAUCAAUCGAAUUCAAUAUUUAAGUUGGUGGUACUUGGUACAACUAGAAUUUUGGUGUAUUCAUUGUUUUGUUAGCUAACCCAUUCAAUUGCCAUCCGUGAGUAAAAGAACUAACACCAACCAAAUUAUGAUUAGUAAAUUUUUAACACUAGAAA